AUGGCUCCCUCCUAUCGCAAUGUCGUGCUCGUCGCUUUGGCCGCCAUCGCCUCCGCCGAUUCUGAACCUACAGUGUGGGGUUCCGUCGCCGUCAUCAUGAACGGCGAGCGCACUCCCCUGCGCGGCGGUCUCGCGAGCACCAUCACACCCCAGGGCGCCCAGCAGAUGCACGGCCAAGGCGUCGCCUUCAGGCAUCGCUACAUUGACGGGACGAAUGCGCAGGACAGCAUCUUCAGGGCGCCGAUCCGCGGCAUCGAAAGGGACACGCUCGACAACUCACAGCUCACCAUUCUGACCAACACCGACGUCCACACCAUCGCCGGCGCCACUGCCUUCCUGCAGGGUCUCUACCCUCCCGUCGAUGACGAGUUUCUGGACGAGGCCGGCGGCGUCAGCCUGUCCUACGACGCUGCGACGGACAACUACACGCAGUACCCCCUCAGCGGUUAUCAGUACCCCGCCAUCAACACCCUCUCCACGCUGGAGGAGACGUCAAUUCCUCUCCAUGGACACAAGGGGUGCUUCAACUGGCUGAACGCCAUGGACAAGCUGCCCGAGGAUGAGAACAUCCGCAAGGAGGCCGACGCCACGCUCGAGAGCUACCGGGAAAUCUUCUCCUCGCUGCCUCUGGAUGGCGCCUUUGCUGACGACUUUCCCUCAUUCUGGAACGCCUACGACGUUUUCGACUACGUGCGAUACCAAGCCAACCACAACUCCACGAUUCACCGGCAGCUCGAGGAACCCGUCCUGUCGGAGCCUACCCUUGCAUUCCUCGAACGAAAUGCCUUCAAGCAGCAGCUGGCCCUCAACACCGAUAGCUCCCUGUCGGGCGCCUCGACGCGCGACCCUGUGCGAAGCAUCGCGGGCCAAGCGCUCGCCCAGGGGAUCCUGGACGCGCUGGCUGCCGUCAUCUCCUCUCGCGGUGAGACGGACAAGCUCACCCUCAUGUUCACCUCGUUCCACCCGUUCAUUGCCUUUUGGUCGCUCACCCAGCUCUUGACCACCAGCACCGAUCCUUCGUCGCCAUACGCCUCGUUCCCGGCCCCGGGUUUCUCCAUGUCCUUUGAGCUCAUCAGCGACCAGCCCGGCCAGCCCGGCCAAUUUCCCUCGAACGACGAUCUUCGGGUUCGCUUCGUGAUCCGCAAUACAAACUCCUCUACCACCUUCCGCGCCGACAAUAUCUUUGGCACCCCCGUCUCCGAGUACAUCAUGACGCUCGACUUUUUCGCGACCCAGAUGCGCAACAUUGCCAUUGACGUCGGCGAAUGGUGCAUCCACUGCUCCUCCCCGCAGCUCUUCUGCGUGGCGCGCAGCGCGCUGGCCGCCGACGGCGACGACGGCGACUCGUCCGGGCUCAACAGGGACGGCAGUCGCUCGCUCGCCAGCACGCCCGUCGUCGUCGCCAUCCUCGGCGCCGCCGUCAUGCUCAUCCUCGUCGCCCUCGUCGCCGCCGUCGCCGCCUUCUUCUUCGGCGUCCGCCUCCACCGCCCCGGCAAGGGCUCCUUCCGCGGCGCCGAGAAGCGCGCCGAGGACGCCGACGUUGUCGUCUCGCGCGGCGGCGCGCGCCACGAGCGCGUCGGCAGCUGGGAGCUGCGCGACGGGCGCCCUGUCACGGCUGACGAGGCCCACUUCCGCGACAGCAAGUUCAGCGGCGCCGGCCUCGUGUUCGACAAGGAGACGGGCCGGACGAGCGAGCGCGAGACGGCCGACGACGACGGCGUCAGCGUCUUGAGCACUGAUAUUACCGCCCAGCCCGUACGCCCGCGCGAGAGCGUGUAG